UUUUCUCUCUCUUUUAAAUUUAUUUUUCAUUUUUCUGUAGAAACCAGGUGAAAGCAAAUCACUGUAUCUCUGUAGAUAUAAACUCAUACACGAUUCUCUUUCUCUCGCGCGCGCUCUCUCACUCUUUCUACAUCUCUGCAUUGGAUCGAUUGAAGCACCUGGAAGAUUGUGCUUGUCAGAGCUUAAGUUUGUUGAACAUCUUGGCUGCCGUCUUGAAAUUGAAGAAUGCCAUAUUUUCCCAACAGCACGCUUGAGGAUGUGAUUUCUUUUUCUCAGCAUCUGAUCUUCCUGACUUGAGUGUCAAAAGGAAAAAAAAAUACCAGAUGGGGUCCAUACACCGCAGUGGACUUUCUAGGAAAACAAGUGAUAGUGCCAGGCUCAUUAUCACAACAAUUUUUGGAGUCGUAUUUGGUUUUUUUAUUGGUAUUUCAUUUCCAUCAGUUUCACUUACAAAGAUUCGCAUACCUUCAGGCAUAAUAUCAUCUCUUGAAGUACCGUCCCUUGAUCAACAUAGCAGAAGCAAAGAUAUUAUUGGAUCAAGCAGUGUUCAUAGGAUUUAUGUUCCAACAAAUCCUCGUGGUGCAGAGUUAUUACCUCCUGGAAUAGUUGUGUCAAAAUCUGACUUUUACUUGCGCAGAUUAUGGGGUGAACCUAGUGAGGAUCUAAAGAACAAGCCAAGGUACUUAGUAACAUUUACAGUUGGUUAUGAUCAGAGGAAUAAUAUUGAUGCUGCUGUUAAAAAGUUUUCUGAUGAUUUUACAAUUUUGCUUUUUCACUAUGAUGGUCGAACAAGUGAAUGGGACCAAUUUGAGUGGUCAAAAAAAGCAAUCCAUGUCAGUGUAAGAAGACAAACAAAAUGGUGGUAUGCAAAGAGGUUUUUGCAUCCUGAUAUCGUUGCUGCUUAUGAAUAUAUUUUCAUAUGGGAUGAAGAUCUUGGAGUGGAGCAUUUUAAUGCAGAGAAAUAUAUUGAGUUGGUUAGAAAACAUGGUUUGGAGAUCUCUCAGCCUGGUCUUGAGCCCAAUAAUGGACUUACAUGGCAGAUGACAAAGAGGAGAGGUGACAGAGAAGUUCAUAAGGAUACGGAGGAGAAACCAGGCUGGUGUAGUGACCCACGCUUGCCUCCAUGUGCUGCCUUUGUGGAAAUUAUGGCCCCAGUGUUUUCUCGAGAGGCUUGGCGUUGUGUGUGGCAUAUGAUUCAGAAUGAUUUGGUGCAUGGAUGGGGAUUGGAUUUUGCUCUCAGAAGAUGUGUAGAGCCUGCACAUGAAAAAAUUGGAGUGGUUGAUUCACAGUGGAUUAUUCAUCAAGUAGUUCCUUCUCUUGGGAACCAGGGAGAGUCAGAGAAUGGGAAAGCUCCAUGGGAAGGGGUAAGAGCAAGGUGCAGAAACGAGUGGUCUAUGUUCCAGAAUCGCCUUGCCAAAGCUGACCAGGCAUACCUUUCUCAGACUAGUAAGGAGUGAUUUUUGCAUCCUUGCCAUCCUUCUGCCUGACUUAGCCUUGAGAGAUGUUAGAUUUAAAUCCUUCAUGAGAUCCUUUGCUCGAGGCGGCAGGUUAAUUUUCUAACCACAUAUUGUGUAUCCCGUCAAAUUUACAGUUGUUCUCCCCACAGGCAUGUGAUGAAAAUUGGACAUUCACAGAUAUAUAGAAGAAAAUUUUUGUUUUGUCUUUUGGUA